CAUGGCUCCCAAAUUCGUGUGUAUUUCUUAACGGUGGUUAGUCGAUGCUGGUUAGCUAACGUCGGUGUUCUAGGACCCCAAUGAGAUCAAGAUCAUCUACCUCCGAGCCACAGGUGGUGAAGUCGGUGCUUCCUCUGCUCUCGCACCAAAAAUCGGUCCUCUUGGUCUAGUCUGUCCAAUUUACUCUCUAUUAUACCAAUGUACUCAUUCCCUCUGCAGUCACCGAAAAAGGUCGGUGAAGAUAUUGCCAAAGCGACAGGCGCAUGGAAGGGUCUCCGUGUAACCGUCCAACUCACCAUCCAAAAUCGGCAAGCAGCCGUCUCUGUUGUUCCCUCUGCUUCUUCCCUCGUUAUCAAGGCUCUCAAGGAGCCACCCCGUGACCGGAAGAAGGAGAAAAACAUCAAACACUCGGGCAACAUACCAUUUGACGAGAUUGUCGAUAUCGCACGGACGAUGAAGUCCAAAUCUCUCGCCAAGGAGCUCUCAGGGUGUGUAAAGGAGAUUCUGGGUACCGCCCAGUCAGUGGGAUGCACAGUGGAUGGCAAGCCCCCUCAUGAUAUCAUCGACGCCAUCAACGAGGGCGAGCUCGAGGUACCAGACGAGUAGACUGUUUAUUAUUGACAUUCGCAAUGCAUAUUAUUCC